AUAUUUUUGUUGCUAUUUUAGUUAUCAGUAAGUAAAUUAAUAGCUCCACGUAAAGUAGUUCAUGCCAUUGAUUGUGGAAGUUACUUAUAAACUCGUACAUCAUCGGGUAUUACAUAUAAGAGGGUAAUUUAAGUUUUAAAAAUUAAAGGAUCACCAUUAUAUUGGCACAUCAGAAUUAAUCGAUUAUUAUUUCAUAGCUUAAAAAAGAAAAAUUAAAUUUACGGAUGAUCAAUCCCUUUAUCUUUCAUAGAGAUAAGGAUAAAGUUUUGUCUAUACAAUACCUAUAGGUAACAAUAUUCCUGGAAACUAAACGUAUGUAUUAGUUUUGAAGUUUGCUGAAGUAUAAUUAUUAUAAAUAUAUAGUUACAUUUUGAAGAAAGUAAUUAGAGAGUUUUUAGUGUGUUUUUAGGGAAGA